UAUAUUGUUUUUCAAGUAAAUAUUCUACUGAUUCCUCUUUUUUUUUUUAUUGAAUUUUUUAAAACUUAGUUUGAUAUCAAUAACACACUAAAUGAUCAAUUAUUAGAACGAGUAACUGUUCAAAUCGAUGGAUCAGCUGAAGGUUUUGAAGUUGUCCAUUAUACUCCUUGUCAAGUUAUUAAAUGUAAUGAUACGGGUACAACUUAUACAUUAGUUAAAUUACCUGAUGAUUCAUCAGCUGUAACUGGUACAUUAGCAUGUACAAUGAAAUAUACAGUUAAAGAUUGUGAUCCAACGACGGGUGUAUCAGAUGAUGAAGAAGGUUAUGCUGAUGAAUUUCUUGAAGAUAUUGAAAUAACAGUUAGUGAUCAUGUACAAAAAGUACUUAAACCAAAUUGGUCUGCUUCAUGGGAAGAAAUUGGAGCUGAAAAUGAACUUGAAGAUACAUAUACAUUAUUAAUUCCAACACUUGAAGAAUGUGUGAAGAAAAUAAUAAAUUAUAUGGGAAUGCAAGCUUGUGAACGAUCAGACAAAAUUCCAGAAGGCAAAGCAUCACAUGCAUUUUAUUUAGCGGGUGUCUAUCGUGGUGGACAUGAUGUACUUGUUCGAGCAAAAAUGGCAUUGGGUGGUACAACAGUAUAUCCAGGAGCACAAGCUAUUACCAUGCAAUUAACAAUACGUUCGACAGAUGGAUCAGCUGUGCAAGUUAUUGCUUCAGGAGUCGAAUAA